UUCUGUUAGCGGUGCUACAUCCAUACAACAUCGCGCCCUUUUGUUUUCACUGUAGCAAGGCUCGCUUGAUUUCAUGGAGCGACGCUGCGUAGAGAGCAAGAAGUAAUCGCUGCUCAUUGACGCCCCUGUCAUAUGUCGCCAUGAAGCUGGUAUCUGGUGGCACCGACUUGCUCUUUGAGCAGUACAACAUUAAGCAAAUCCAUGAGAUCGAGCAGAGCAUUAGGGCUGAAAUCGAGAAAAAGAAAGAAGAUCUGCGGCAGAUGGUUGGGGAACGGUACAGAGAUCUGAUCGAGGCCGCUGACACCAUCGGUCAAAUGCAGCAAACGUCUGCGAAUGUGAAACAGUACGUGGCCCAAUUAACGGAACAGUGCCAAAGCUUGCAGGGCAAGCCUUCAACACCAGUUGCUGCUCGUCCUGAGCACUGGGCUCUGUCUCACCACUACACUGUCCUUGCUCAGGUGAAGCUCUUGGUGGACCUUCCUUCAAAGCUGUGGGGUGAAGCGGAGCGCGAAUGCUGGGGUCGUGCAGCCUGCCUCCAGUGCCUGGGGCAGCAUGUCCUCUGGCACCUGCAACUGGGCACAGGGUUGGAGCCAUGGAAGGCCCUGGUCUCUCGUCAGGGGACCUCCCUUGCGUCCCUUGGACAGUGCUUGCUCCAGGGAUGCUGGAGAAGACUGCUGUCCCUGGAGCCACCAGUGUCAUGGGAGGCUCCUCUGGAAUCACUCACAGGGCUGGCUCUUCUUCAAGGCUCGUCCCUUACUGAGUUGCUUAAGCACUUACUGCAGCGGCGCUUGGGCCUUGUGGAUCAGCUGGUGGGAUCAGACAGUGUUUCCACAAGGGAGCAGCUCUGUGGCCUGGCUGCUCUGCUUGUAUCCACACUUCAGCUAGUGCAAGCAGCUUUCCUGAGUUCGCAACCAAGUGCACUGGAGUCGCGCUUAUCUGAGGUCACAAAGAGCAGUGCUUGUGAUCUGGUAAGCUUCUCUGAAAGCCCAUCAUUCCGCUACGCCCCAGCACCCGUGCGAGAGUUCCAUGUGCAAGUCAAGCUUGACACACCACAGCUGGAGGUUCUUCAGAAGGAAUGUCGUCAGUUUGUGAAGAAUGUGGAGGAGAAGAGUGUGCAGCACGUAGUGUCUCAUCUGAGCCAACUCCACUCGUUACAAGCCCUGGCACGACUCGGAGCUGAUCUUAGGGAACGCCUGCCAAAGGAGGAGGCAGAACUGGGGACAUUGGUCUUGGGAGAGCAGCUUUCAUCAUGGAACCAGUUUUUUCAUGUUCAUAUAGGCAACCGCAUAACAGAGCUGAUUAGCCUUCACCUUAAUGCUGCCAUGGACUCCUGUCUACAGGCACUAAGCGCUCUCAAGGCUGGCGCUAGGGGUUCAGUACUUGAACAACCAUGCGAAGAUUUCACGUGGAAAGCAGUGUCACAGGAACUACUGAACACACAACGUUCUUCCCAGGAGGUCUUGGCUCUACAGACGCGAGGUCUAACACCACAGGUUCAAGCGCUGUGCAAGUCAUUUUGUCAGCACUUGGAAUGCCUCCUGGAGGAGCUAAGGCCCUGGGGCUCCAUGGAGAAGGACUUGGAGCAAGCCACUGCAGCUAUGCUGAGCCGGUGGCAUGCUUUCGUUGACUUGGAAAUGGCCCAUUCUAGUGAUGCAGACUGGCUAGCAUUGCUGGGACAGGUGUGCCAGGGAUUUGCUGAGCUGUGCUCCGAGUUGCGCCUAUGCUUUCCAUCCAACAAGGGUGCCCAGGAUCCUUGGCAGAAGCAGCAAGUGUCUUUGCGUGCACUUCGGGACUCUGCAUACAAGUCAUGCUUUGCUUUGGUGGUGCAACAACAGGCAACAUCUCUGGGUGAACAGCUUGAGACGCUGGACCAUUUCCUGUCUGCCAUGCUGUGCUGGGGUGAAGUGGAGGUCCAAGAGGAGUCCGAGGGAGGCCAUCAGGUGCAGUCCACAUUGCGAGUGCCACUCCAGGUGACAGUGCCACUGCAGGAGCUGCUGUUUGCCCUGUGCCUGCGGGUGAACAGGCUGUUUGGCCACUGCAUGCCCAAGGGCAUCCAGUCUGAAGUUGGCCAGCUGCUGGUGUCCCACCUGGAGCCAGCUUACUUGCACUCGUGCCAGGCAUUAGUGACUCAGCAGUUGCCGCCUGCUCUCUGCCAGACCUGGGCUCUGCAACUGCUCAUGGACUUGCAGGUUCUUAACCUGCUCUUCCAGGGUGAUGUGCUGAGCAAUGCUCGAGCAGCCGUGGAAGCCCAGGUCGACCCUUUUGACUUGGAUGUCCUGCUACCACACCUGGCACGUCAGGCAAACUUGGCAGCCCAGCAGACCUCGCUUCUGCUAGGCCUCUGUCUUAGUGAUGGGGUCGGCCGCUGCCUCGUGUUGGGAUCGGCCCCAUCGAGUAACAGGGCACCUCCCACCUCGCCUGUGGUGGUGCCCGUGCUCGCCGCUGGAACUCCACGCUUCCCCCUGUUGCCCACACUGUCAAGGUUUCUUGACGAGAGUCCGCUAGCCCAUCAGGCCACUGCUGGCAGUGGCCCUGGUAGCAGCAGCAGCUUGACGACACCAACUCCACCACCUAAGAGUUCCUCAGGGCCUGAUCUUGCUGCAGCUGCAGCAUCUCUGACAGCCAGCCAGUCAACACCGACUUUCAGUGCCUUACCCUCAUUCUAUGAGAAAAUGGCCACUAGCAUGCGAUCUUCCUGGUUUGGACCCAUGUGAUGCAGUCCAGCCUUGUUCUGUAUAAUAUAGAUCUAUAUAUUUGUAAAAAAUAAACAGACUGCAGCAGGCUGA